UCUGUUCAAGAUCAUGAAAAGUGUCUGCUAAAUUUGGAAUAUAAACUUGCUUGCAUAGCCUCAAUUUGAGGAUUUUAGUUUCAAAUUACAUUGCAGAGUAUUCUCUUACUUGCACAAUUUUACCAGGAAGUGGGCUGAACUUAUUUAUUCACUGGAGAAAACGAAACUGACUUCUGUGUUAGUCCUUUUGAACUGGUUCUCGUUUAUUUGUUUAACUAAAAUGGCAGAAGUUAAUGUUUUAAUAAAUGAAGACGAGUUCUGCUGCUCAGUCUGUUUGGAAUUACUGAAGGAUCCAGUGACUUUAACUUGUGGACACAGUUUCUGCAUGUCCUGCAUUACUAGUAGCUGGGAUCAGCAGGUAGGGAUCUACACUUGUCCUCAGUGCAGAGAAAACUUUGAUACAAGGCCUUCUCUACGCAGGAACAACAUGCUGGCUGGUUUAGUGGAGAAACUAAAACAAUGUGGACUAGAACACUCUGAUCACUGUUAUGCUAAAUCUGGAGAUGUGGAGUGUGAUAUCUGUACUGGAAUUAAAUACAAAGCAGUCAAGUCCUGUCUGGUAUGUCUGGCAUCUUACUGUGCAGAUCAUUUUCGACCUCACAAGGAAUCUUCUGCCCUGAUGAAGCAUACUGUGACUGAAGCCUCUGCAAAACUGCAUGAGAAAAUCUGUCCACAGCAUGGAAAACCUCUGGAGAUAUUCUGUCGUACAGAUCAGAAAUGCAUUUGCUAUCUAUGCACCUUGGAUGAACAUUCAAACCAUAAUAUUGUUUCAGCUGUAGCUGAGAGAGCAGAGAAAGAGAAACAGGUAUUAGAGACCCAGAUCAACUACACACAGAGAAUUCUGGAGAGAGAGGAGGACCAUGUAGAGCUGAUGGAAUCUUUAGAGUCAAUUCAGAAUUCUGCACAAGUAGCGGUCGAGGACAUUAGUAGGUUAUUUCAAGAGCUUAUUCAGUCCAUUGUGAUUAAAUGCUCUGAGGUGACAAACCAGAUAAGUGCUCAGGAGAAUGUUGAAGUUACUCACACCAAACAACACCUGAAGCAAGUGGAGCAGGAAAUUGUAGAGCUCGAGAGUAAAAAUGAAGAGCUUAAGCAACUCUUACAGACAAAAGAUGACACCAUUUUCCUCCAGAGUUUCCAGUCUUUCCAUGAUCUUAGGCUACCUGAGGCCAUUUCCAGGGUAAACAUUAUUAUACCAAGCUCAUAUGAGGAUGUAAAGAUAUUUGUCCAUAAGCUUAAAGAGAAUAUCAAAAGUACCAAACUGUAUCCUGAUUCAGCUUCUCAAAUGAACAGUCAAACGACUUCAGAGAACACUCAGAAACUCUCACAAAUCCCAACCAUCGACAUUCGUUCCAAAACCUUUGCAGAAUCAGAAACUACUUUUGCAUUUUUAUCAACACCCGAAACUAAACCCCAAUCCAUGUUUGAUUUCAAAAACACUACAGGGUCCUCAACACAUGAAACUCCAUUCCAAACCAUACUUGAGUUGUCCUCAAAAUAUGCUACUAAGCCUGAAUCCACCUUUAGUUUAAAAAAAACUACAGGGUUUGUGUUGUCCUCAACACCUGCCACUAAGCACGAACCCACCUUUGGUUUAAAAAAAACUACAGGGUUUAGGGUUUCCUCAACACCUGCCACUCAAUUCGAAACCAAGUUUAUGUUUUCCUCAACACCUGACACUCAACCCCAAUCCCUUUUUGGUUUCACAAUGCCUAGCGGGUUUGGGUUGUCCCCAAAACCUGACAUUCAACCCAAAAAUAUAUUUGGGUUGUCCUCAACACCUGACACUCAACCCCAAUCCAUUUUUGAGUUGUCCUCAACACCUGGCACUCAAAUCUAUACUGUAUUUGGGUUGUCCCCAAAACAUGACAUUUAACCCCAAACAGUAUUUGGGUUGUCUUCAACAUCGGACACUCAACCCCAAACUGUAUUUGGGUUGUCCUCAAGACCUGAAACUCAGUCCUAAUUUAUCUUUAGUUUCUUAAAUCUUAACAGGUUUGGGUGGUCCUUAACACCCUGACACUAAAUACCAAACUGUAUUUGGGUUGUCCAACACCUGACACUGAAUCCCAUCAUGUAUUCUCUGCAACACUUGACAGUCCUUGUUUGUAUUUGGAAUCAGAUCAAAACUACCGCUUAAAACUAAUCUGUAUUUUGGCUCUCCUCAAAAUCUGCCACUCAAUCACAAUCUAUUUUAUGUUGCAAUCCACAAAUGCUACUCAAUCUGUAUUUUGGGUCCUCUCAAAUCCUGCCACUCAAUCAGAAUUUGGGUUUUCCUUAACACCUGAGCCCGUAUUUAUGGAAAUUCUUAGUAUAAAGAGUUGCUCCUAGUGAUGAAAUUCUUAGAGAUGUGGGUGUUUCCCCUUAAAAUGAAAGAGAAUAUCCGAAAAUGAUAAAAGUUAUUCACAAAGCAUCUUAACCCUUAAAAAAGCUUAUAAGUUCAAAAAUUCUUAGGAGUACAGAGAAAGACUUUUAAGAGGCUUAAGAGUUUCAUUAGCAGAGGGGAUAAUGGGGGACAGGUGAAGAGGGAGAAGAACUGUAUUGCAUACAAUAUUUAGUAAUGAUAGUGAGUUAAUAAGAUUCUACAGAUUAUUUCAUGGAUUAUUUUUGCGAGCAAUCAUAUUAGAGAAAACAUCUCUGACACAGCAGAUAUGGCAUUUAUUCUGCCGCUUGGCAUUUAGAGAUACGUUGACAUCUGUAUCAGAGAUGUUUACAUUUACAAUAGAUUUGUUACAUUUGUAACAUACAGAUGUUAGCACAUCUCUAAUAUGAUUGGUCACAAAUGUAAUCCCACUAUACACUAUAGCACUAUAUCUUAACAUAGAGACAAAGUGAAGAGUCUUUAGAUAUUUUUAAAAGUUUUUGUUCGACAACCAAUCACAGUCAUCAAAAAAAUGUGUCAUACCUAGUAACAGGGUCAGCCCUGCCUCCUCUCUAAGAUAAAAGUUUUUGUCUUUUUCUUACUCAGCUCUUCUUGCUCUGAGAUUGAAUCCUGAAUCACUCUCAAGCUAAGAUUCCUAAUGUAGUUAGAAUUUUUUAAGCUAAAUUAGGAGCUCUUUGAGAUUUUAGAAUCUUUAUGAAUACGGGUCCUGAUGUUUAAUCUCAUUCAAUACUUCAACACUUGUCACUCGAUAUCAAUCUGUUUGGGAUUCAAUCAGCUAUGAUAUGUCCUGCUUCUGAAAUCUGGUGUGCCCCAUCCAAAACCUCUGAAUCAAACAUAAAAUAACAGUAGCAAUACAGUCAAUACAGAUUUUUUUUGCUUGCAUGUACAUUCUUGUGUGUUCACUCCACACUAAAGUAACUGAAAGCUUCCGCAUUGGUGUUUGAAUUAGGAAGAAUAGUACGGAAGAAACAGGAAGGUGUUUCAAAACUGUCAGAAUGUAAAAAUAGAGUUAUGAACAUGUAUAGAAAAUUAGCUAGAAAGAUGGUGUGGCUUUAGUUGUGCGUGUGAUGUAAUUUUUUUAAGGUACUCUCAAUUAUUGUUUUUUUCAACAGACAAUUGUAAAACUGUAUUAAAUAUUACAUACACAUUUCAUCAUUAAAACGCCGGUUGAAGACCUACAUAUCCAGGAAACAUUUCAACUAGCACUUCUUUCCCUAUCUUUUGCAUUUAUUAAAAAAAACAAAAAAACACACACACAACCUUCGACACUUUUUCAUUGUAACUUUGAACAAAUGUUUAAACUCGUGGUAUCUUAAGUAUGUAACCUAGUGAACCAGCAUUAAUAAAGCCAAUGUUAGAGAUUUAAGCAAUUAUGUAUGUCGCUCUGGAUAAGGGCGUUUGCCAAAUGCUGUAAAUGUAAAUACAACAUUUGAUUGUCAUAGGAAAAAAAAAGUACACCCUCCAUCAGUUCUUUGUUUAUUUCUCUGAGCAUAGAUAAAAUUGUGUGGUCACCAAAUUCUAUAAACAAAUUGAUAACCUAAGAUGACAACAAAAACACACAACAUAUCAUGUGGCUGCAGAAUAAACCCAAAUCAAGCUUGGGUUUUUCUUUAUAUCUCUGAGCAUUGAACCAUCUGACUAUUAAAUUAAAUAUGCUGGGACACCAACUCCUGGGACACCAACUCCUGUCAACUAUCUUAAAGACUCUUCAUUUGCAAACAAUUGUUCAUAUUAUAGAAUGGUAAAUUUCAAUUUAUUUUGUGAUAACCUUAUAAUGCUUGACAGAUUGAAAAGCAGCAACAGUUGCUUCUCUGAGAGCAAGACUAAUGCCCUUUCUUCUUGGAAUGAUGUAGACACACCUGAAUGCUCCAGAAUACCAAACUGCCAAAGUGUUUUAGGCUUUUAUUGAGGUAGUCACACUUCUUGAUGAAUAACUUAUCUUGUUCAUUUAUUUAGUAGCACCUGGCUAAUUGCUCUCUUACAUAUUGUGGAAAUAAGAAUAGUGCAGUUAUUUUUUCCCCAUCUGGUUUCUGAAUGUAGUUUGACUGCAUAAUGAUAUCUAUUGUGGGUUUUGUCACAUGAGGCUAUUUGUUUACAAAAGUUUGCAAGGACCAUAUAAUUGUUAGUUAGACCCAGAUAAAUAAAAACCUAUAAUUAAAGGGGAAGUGUACUUUCUUUUUCAGUGACUGUACUGUAAACAUUAUUUCAUUUGUGUGGAACUGUUACAUUAAUUAAUUACAUAAAUAAAUACUAUUCUGUGUGACCCUUU